UGCAGUUAAACGCAACGACUGAAGACAGUGGAGGAGAGGAGGAAGGAGGAUGAUGGGAGCGAGUUUUAUCCCCUUUGAGUGACCCAUAUCUUCCAGUAGACCCAGAUAUUAUCUAGGCUAGUUCUUGUUCUCGAGGAUUUUUCUCCACCAACAUGUCGGCGUCUGCGAUAUUUAUCCUCGACCUGAAGGGAAAGGUGCUAGUCUGUCGUAACUACAUGGGGAACAUGGACAUGAACGAGAUUGACCACUUUAUGCCCAUCCUAAUGAAGAGAGAAGAGGACGCUGAGAUGACACCUAUGGUCAGCCACGGCUCCUCACACUUCCUGUGGAUCAAACACAGCAACCUUUACUUGGUGGCAAUGACCAAGAAGAAUGCCAAUGCUGCUCUGGUGUACUCCUUUCUUUACAAGAUUAUCCAGGUAUUUAAGGAAUACUUUAAGGAACUUGAGGAGGAGAGUAUUCGUGACAACUUUGUGACAGUGUACGAGCUGAUGGACGAAGUGAUGGACUUCGGUUUCCCUCAGACAACUGACAGCAAGAUCCUACAAGAGUACAUCACCCAGCAGGGUCAUAAAUUAGAGGUCGGGGCUCCUCGACCUCCUGCCACCGUCACCCAACGCUGUGAUCUUGGCGGCCAAGAGGGCAUCAAGUACAGGAAAAACGAAGUUUUCAUGGACGUCAUUGAGUCAGUAAAUCUACUGGUGAACGCCAAUGGCAGUGUCUUGCGGAGUGAAAUAGUGGGCACCAUCAAGCUCAAAGUGGUCCUGUCGGGGAUGCCUGAACUCAGAUUGGGCCUCAAUGACAAAGUGCUGUUUGAAAUCACAGGCAGAGAAAAGAGUAAGACAGUGGAGCUAGAGGAUGUGAAGUUUCAUCAGUGUGUCCGUCUGUCACGCUUCGAGAACGACCGCACCAUCUCUUUCAUCCCCCCCGACGGCGAGAGCGAGCUCAUGUCCUACCGCCUCAACACUACAGUGAAGCCUCUCAUAUGGAUCGAGAGCGUGAUUGAGAAGUUCUCUCACAGCCGUGUGGAGAUCAAGGUGAAGGCUCGGAGUCAGUUUAAGAGCCGGUCUACUGCCAACAAUGUGUCCAUUCUGGUGCCAGUUCCCAGUGAUGCUGACUCACCUAAGUUCAAGACCAGCAACGGCAGCACCAAGUGGGUGCCCGAGAAGAACGUGGUGCAGUGGAACAUCAAGUCUUUCCCUGGUGGUAAGGAGUACAUGAUGCGGGCGCACUUUGGGCUACCCAGUGUGGAGAGUGAAGAGCUGGAAGCGAAGAGACCAAUCACAGUUAACUUUGAGAUCCCCUACUUCACUGUGUCUGGGAUUCAGGUGCGUUACCUUAAGAUCAUAGAGAAGAGCGGUUACCAGGCAUUACCAUGGGUGCGCUACAUCACACAAAGUGGAGAUUACCAGCUCCGGACAAACUAAAGGGCACAGAUGCUGCUAGACGAAUGGAUAUUUUCUCUCUCUGUCUGUCUUCCUCUCUCCUCUCCUCUCUCUGUUUCUCCGGCUCCCUGUCUGCAAUGGACAGCAGAGGACAAGUGCAGGAGGACACAGGAAAUUUUUCACCACUCUGAACAGAAACAAGACAUCAUCUCUUCCAGUAGGACAUUCUCAACUCAGGCGGGAAAGGCUGGUGCAUCACCUCUGACCUGUGAUUUUUUUUUAAGGACUCAAGUAAAACGUGAAUAUGUGAAUAAUGAACUCAUGACUUUGUGACACCGUCUGGUUCUGGCAAGCUCUGAUUUCCUCGCUGUUAAUGUGAUAUCCCUCAAGGUUAAUUUAGAGCAGAAUUUGGGGAAUAAGACAUAAUUUUAAUCAUGUUUUCCUCACAAAAACAAAAGCUUUUUUUUUAUUAAGAGAUUUGAAGCAUUAUCUUUUUUGGGUAUUGUCCUCUGAAACUUGUAGCUUUCUACUGUGUAACAUGUAAACCGACAGAUUGUGUAGUGCCAAUAUACAGUAACUGUGAUGAGUCAUUGUCAGUUUUUUUUUCUCAAAGGGCCAUAACAAUACAGAUGUGUUCCAUGUACUCCAUCCCAUUUUUUUUCUGUUGCUGCAUGGAGGAUUUUAAACCACUACACCACAUCUGUAAGGGUUUUUAUUCCUUAUAUGUUUUGUGCUUAAUAUCCACUUGAUUAUCCAUAUACAGUACAUUUCAACUUGGCUGUUCAUCUUCAUCCUUUUCAAAGGCAUAUGUUUUGCUAGAACCUCUAUUUUAUAUGUUCAUUGCCUUAAAAAAUUGCCUAUGUAUCAUCACCUUUAGCACUGUGAAUAUAAUCCUCAGUGCAUUGAAACUAACACCAGCGACCAGAUCAAUGAUUAAUAAGGCACAAUAUUGUCAGAGUCGUUGGCAGUGUAACAUAAUACCAUCGACGCACUCCCAUGGGGCCUGUAACCUUGUCCUUGUGCUCGAAAUCAGCUUGCAGCUUUGAGGCCGAGUCUAAAGGAAUGAGCACGGUGCAGAAUUUUUUGUCAUUUUUAUCUGUUGUUUAUACUGCACUAGUUAGUCCCCUGUGGAAAAGGACAAAAUGGGGUGGGGGGAGUAAAGGUAAAAUAACCUGAAGGGAUUUCUUUGCAGAAUCUGAGAAUAUUGACAAUAUGUUGAGGUAAUUGUUUUUCCAUGACUCUUUAUUUUUUUUAUAUGUCGACGUCUGCAGGCCUCUAUACGUCUUCAAAGCAGUUUGCGGUGUAAUUCACUCCCUCUGUUGUGCAUGCACUGCAGCACAUCAGGUCAGCUGCACUGCCAGCAGCAAAGAAGAGAGUCCAGUGUCGAGUUAUUGCAUCUCUGUUGUUAAGACAAAACCUUCUGUUACAAUCAUUCCAUUCUCUCGUGUGGGGACAUUUUUCGGACACCAUUGAGGAUUGUUAAUAAGUGUGUGUUAUCAUGUGUCGUCAUUAAUUUAUCAACUAUUUGUCGAUAGGAAGCAAAGGGAUAUAUUUGGAAAUAAAAAAAUUUUGUAUCUUG